AUGGCAAAGCAAAACACCAGAAGAGAAAGAAAAGAAAAUAACGGUACUCCAGAAAAUCUAAUUCCCAUUGAAGAUGGUUCUUCAACAGACGAAUCUUCCCACGAGGAGUAUGAAGCUCUGCAAAAACCAGAAGAAAUGGAACUGCACACAGAAAAUGUAUACAGAAUACACGAGCAAAUUCAGUUAGACUGGCCAUCCCUAACUGUUUGUAUGAAAGAGGAAGAAGGGAGAAUUCUAAUAGAGCAAUCAAUUCCUGGCACCUCCCCCUCUAUCAUCGACUUAGAAGUGAAUCUAUCUGGCGACUCUAAAAGAACCAUUGCGCCUAUAAAGAAAGUGGAAACAGCCUAUCAAGCAAACAGAAUUCGUGCUAAAAAUGACCACGUAUAUACAAUCUCUGAUCACUCAAUAGAAAUAUAUACAACAGGCCUUGUCCCAGUAUAUAGCAAGGCCAUUUUAGGUGGAUAUGGCAUUUCUCUUUAUAAAUCCUGCAUAUUCUACGGUGAUGGUUCAUUUGCUGUACAGCAAAAAGACCUUGAUGGAAAGCAAAUUAAUUAUAUAGACAUAAACCAAAAAGAAAUAUUCACAGUUGCCAGUAUAUCUGAGAAUGAAGCCUUUGUGGGCACGCGCGAAGUUAGUUUGGUUGAUUUUAGAUGCAAGGGAACAAAGUCUUACUUAGUAAAUGAGUGUGAUAUUAACUCUAUAGCAUACAAUGGAGACAAUCUGAUUGUUACUGGCGAUGAUAAAGGAGCACUUCGAAUAUUUGAUAUUAGACAGGAGGCACCAAUGGAGCUUAUUCAAUUCCAUCAGUCCCCAAUCAGCCACACUCAGUUCAGUACAAAAGAAGUAUUUGCUUCUGCCUCCAGCUGUGAAAUUGUUAUGUGGGACAUGUCCUAUGAAGAGACUGAAGGCUGGGAGUACCACAAGUACUUAAGCUUUGUGCACCAGGGGCAGGCCUACUAUAAAGACUUUGAGUUUAUUGCUGAUGAUAUAAUCAUGGCUACAUCUGAGAGCGGUUUGUGCAUUUUCAGUCCACACACCCAUAUAGAGCCCUCUAACUGAAUUUUCGCAUAGUAUAAAUAGAUAAAUGAUUAUAAAAUAUAUGGAUUGGUCGUUUGUGCCCAAAAUAGACUUAUAUUGUUAAUCCAGCAA